AUGGUGCUCUGCUUCGGUUCCGAUGACACUGAACCACAGGACGAAUACGACCAUCUCCCCUUCGGCCUGAGGUGGCGCAUGCAUUUUGGAAAGAAAGAGACCGACCCAGAGACCGGCGAGUCAUUCCUCCGCCUUGGGGGAAAUAAGAUCAUCAAAACUCACUGCUUCAACACCGAGUAUCAAGCCCUGAUGUUGGUAGAUCGACAUACUUCUGUCCCAUGCUGGAAGGUUCAGUCCGUCUUCAACAGACCGGAAGGAAAACUCGUCGAGUAUGAAGCCUUUGUAGGAAAACCGUUGCAUACCGUCUGGCCUGCCAUGUCGGCCCAUCAGAAGAACAAAAUCAUCGCAGACCUUGCUCGUUUUGUUGACCAGUUGAGGAAGAUGCAACCCCCAAAACAAUGCGUCGUUGGAGAUGCCACCCUGGGCGCCGCCCUGGAUCCUAGAUUCGGUCACGGAAGAAUAGGUCCCUUCUUCUCCAUCCAAGCAUUCCAAGAGUUUGAGAGGAGAGGCCAUUCACCGCACCAUUUUCCGGAAAAGGAAAUUCAUGUGGUUCACGCACCACAGAAACCCUAUCAACUGAAGUUCACCCAUUCCAAUCUCUGCCCGAGAAACAUCAUCGUGGAUGAUGCAAGUCGAAUAUGUGCCUUGGUCGGCUGGGAGUCGGCAGGGUGGUAUCCCGAAUAUUGGGAGUAUACCCAGAUGUGUCAUAACACCCCCAAGACCAUGGGCGAUUGGUUAGAUGCCAUGUGUAAUGUCAUCCCCAGAUAUGACCAGGAACUCAUUGCCGAAGAAGCUCUUCGUGCUCGAUACGCCGCAUCGAUAUAUGACGUUCCAAGAAGCGUCCGGGCCCCAACACCGUCUCCCAGUGAAAUGCACAACGAGCAGCAGGAAAUUGACGACCUAAAUACCGACAACACCAGUGGUUGA